CUUCCCUCCCUCCCUCCUUCCCUGAAUGAAUUGCCUUGCAGGAGGGACUGAAAAUACAGCUUCUUCCUGAAUCCACUGGCAGAGUUACUAAAGAGAGCUCAAGACACAACACCGCAGAGUAACGCCUUGGAAUGUCCUCGCACUUUAUAAACAAUUGUCCUAGGGAGGGAAUAUUUUUACAUGACAUUUGCACAGCUUGACAAAUGGCUAACGGAGGCUGUGCGCUUCUCUGAUGAACUUUGAAUUUCCCAUAGAGAUACCCCAUAAACUGACCAAAGAGAGCAAUCUAACUGCACCGGAAAAGCAGAAGUGGAACUUGGAGCCUAAAAAUUACCCCACCACAACAACAAACAAACAGGAGCAGUAAAUUGAAGAACACAAGAAUUUGAUCUUGGGCAGGAUGGCAUCAGCCCAGGACCUUUUAAUCCUGGCACUAUAUGGCUUGUUACUAGAGUUACCGACUGGAUGUCAUGCAACAGAUACGAGGCAGCCAAGGUUACGUCUGUCACAUAAAGAGCUCUGGGACUUAAACAGGACGUCAGUCUUUCACAGCCCAUUUGGAUAUCUCGGUCUUCAUAUAAUGCUGCUGGAUGAGUAUCAAGACCGACUGUUUGUGGGAGGAAGAGACCUCUUGUAUUCUCUGAGUUUGGAUCGAGUCAGUGACAACUACCGAGAGAUCCAUUGGCCUAGUACACCUCUGCAGGCAGAAGAAUGUAUAAUUAAAGGAAGAGAUGCUGAUGAAUGUGCUAAUUACAUCCGUGUCCUUCAUCGAUACAACAGAACACAUCUUCUGGCUUGUGGAACAGGAGCUUUUGAUCCAAUCUGUACAUUUAUCAGAGCUGGACAUUCAUCAGAGGAUCAUCUAUUUCAACUGGAAUCGCACAAAUUUGAGAGAGGACGAGGCAGGUGCCCUUUUGACCCCAGUUCUUCCUUCACCUCCAUCUUAAUUGGUGGUGAACUUUUUACUGGUCUCUACAGUGACUACUGGGGAAGAGAUGCUGCUCUGUUUCGCACCAUGAAUCGCGUGGCCCAUCUGCGAACUGAACCUGAUAAUGAGCGCCUGCUGAAAGAACCAAAAUUUGUUGGCUCAUACAUGAUUCCAGACAAUGAAGACCAUGAUGAUAACAAAGUAUACUUCUUCUUUACUGAAAAAGCAUUAGAGGCUGAGACAAGCACUCAUGCUAUAUAUACUAGAGUUGGACGUGUAUGUGCGAAUGAUAUGGGAGGCCAGAGAAUGCUUGUGAAUAAGUGGAGCACUUUCCUCAAAACCAGGCUUGUUUGCUCUGUGCCCGGGAGAAACGGAAUUGAUACUCAUUUUGAUGAAUUAGAGGAUGUGUUUUUGCUGCAAACUCGUGAUAACAAAAAUCCAGUGAUAUUUGGCCUCUUCAACACUACAAGCAAUAUAUUUAGAGGAUAUGCUAUAUGUGUUUACCAUAUGGCAAGCGUCCGAGCAGCUUUCAAUGGACCGUAUGCUCAUAAAGAAGGACCUGAAUACCACUGGGCUCUGUACGAAGGAAAGGUACCUUAUCCUAGGCCUGGUUCGUGUGCCAGCAAGGUGAAUGGUGGUCUCUACACUACCACCAAAGACUAUCCUGAUGAAGCCAUCCACUUUGCCAGGAGUCAUCCACUGAUGUAUCAGCCCAUCAGACCUGUUCAUAAGAGACCAAUACUAGUUAAAACAGAUGGGAAGUACAAUCUUAAACAAAUAGCAGUGGACAGAGUGGAAGCUGAGGAUGGGCAAUAUGACGUCUUGUUCAUCGGCACAGAUAAUGGAAUUGUGCUGAAAGUCAUUACAAUUUACAAUCAAGAGACAGAAUCAAUGGAAGAAGUCAUUCUUGAAGAGCUUCAAAUAUUCAAGGUACCAGUUCCCAUUAUUUCUAUGGAGAUCUCUUCAAAAAGGCAACAGCUUUACAUCGGAACUGAGUCUGUCAUAGCACAAGUGAAAUUCCACCAGUGUGACAUGUAUGGCACUGCCUGUGCAGACUGCUGCCUCGCUCGAGAUCCAUACUGUGCUUGGGAUGGAAUCUCCUGUUCCCGAUACUAUCCCACAGGAAUGCAGGCAAAGAGACGUUUCCGCAGACAAGAUGUUCGACAUGGAAAUGCAGCGCAGCAGUGCUUUGGCCAGCAGUUCAUUGGUGAGGUUCUGGAGAAGACUGAGGAGCGACUUGUUUAUGGAAUAGAGUACAACAGCACCCUUCUGGAGUGCACCCCUCGGACUUUACAAGCAAAAGUAAUCUGGUUUGUCCAGCGAGCACAUGAAACUAAGAGGGAAGAGGUGAAGACAGAUGAUAGAAUAAUUAAAAUGGACCUUGGCCUCUUAUUUCUGAAGCUGCAUCGACUGGAUGCAGGGAUCUAUUUUUGUCAGACAGUGGAACACAGCAUUGUUCACACUGUCAGGAAAAUCACCCUUGAAAUUGUGGAGGAAGAACGCGUAGAUGAAAUGUUCAAUAAAGACUAUGAGGAGGAGAUACCUCACAAAAUGCCAUGUCCAAUGCAAAGCAGUAUACCUCAGGCAUCAAAGCCAUGGUACAAGGAAUUUCUUCAACUAAUAGGCUACAGCAACUUCCAGAGGGUGGAAGAAUACUGCGAAAAAGUGUGGUGUACAGAUAAGAAGAGAAAAAAGCUGAAAAUGUCUCCGUCCAAGUGGAAAUACGCUAACCCUCAGGAGAAGAAGGCAAGGAUCAGACCAGAGCAUUAUCGAUUGCCCAGGAAUAUAGCUGACUCUUGAUGGACAUAAUCCAUAAUGGCGAAAAUUUAUUUGGACUUAAAGUAAGAGGGAGAAAUCAGUCUUGGCUUUGGUAAAUGACACAGGUUUAUAUAUAUAAAAUGUUGGGACUGAAAACAAAAAUGCUAAGAUAAGUUAUACUGUACGAUCACCAUGACUGUUUAGAAGCAUUUUAAACAAAAUCUUCUUAACUAUCUAAGUGGGCCAACACAAUCAGAGUUUUGCAUUAGGGAGGAUGUGACAAUCUUCAGACUUUGAGUGCUUCAGUCGGUUUCCUGCGUGGACCAUGCUUGCGCUGUAUAUUGUUGCAUAUGAUGGCAUAUUUAAGCAAAUUCAAAUAACUAAGCAUUCACAAGCGGAUGAAAAAUAUAACACAUCUUUUCCUCAUUUCACGAAUUUCUCAUGCUUCUGAGGGUGGCACAUUGUAAGAUCUUUCCUUUUGAUUGUAACCUGUCUGAGUUUAUCACAAUAAGUUGUGUUAAUACAAUGUACUGCUAUUUCUAAAGAUAGUGAACGGAAAUCCUAUUUACUUUCUAUCAGUUUUCAUCUUAUCGGUCAUGUAUGAAGCGUGGUGUGCUCUCACAGCUCAAUAACAUUGCCUAGUAACUUGGUGUAAGUCAAAUGCAUGCUGAGAACACAAACAGAAUGAAAUUCUUCAAUUUAUCUGUAUGAGAAGUUGGAAUACUGAUUUAGAGAGAAAACGAGUCUCUAGUAAUGGGCCUUGCCCUAGCAGUGACAUGAAUUAAGGGAGUGCCCUCUUGUGGAAAAACAAAGCAAAAGCCGAGAUUAUCAUCUUUUUCCGAAGAAAUGUGUAAAGCAAAGAAGUGUUACCCAGAUCUACAGCUAGUUCGUUUUCAGCACACAAUUCUAGUCUCCAUGUGCUUAACCCACAGAAUUAGAAGACAGUGUUUGAAGUUACUUAUGCUGGAAAGACAGCAUUUAAAAUAAAUAAUGCUUUAUGUUUUUAACGUGCUUUUGGGGUAAAAUACAGUCAUAAAAAAUUAGGAUAUAGAUUAAAAACAAGAACACCACUAUGUAACUGUGUUUCUAUAGUUUCACAAUCUGAUCGAAGAAUAUUUUUUGGGGUAUGUCAAAAGAGCAGCUUUGCAGCUCUUUUGAGUGAAGUGAUACCAGGAGAGAUCAAAGAACCAAGUCACUUACAAGUCACUUACAAUUCAGGCCUUUCAAGACUUAUUUAAAAAAAAAAAAAUCUUAAUUUAAGUACAAGAAAACAGAUGCAGAAAGUGAAAAAAUGAGCUUUUCAGUACUUGAGAAAUUUUAUAUUACAAUAUGAAUUAUAUUCCUUUUAAAAACUGAAAAUUAAAUAGGGAAUCCAUAAAUAAAAAUUAGCUUACUCCUCAAAGAAGACAAUUAUGCCAGGAGGGGAAAUAGCCAAGCUGAUACAGAUUUUAAUGUCACCAAGAAAGUAUACAAUGGAUUCACAAGCCACAAACAGGUUUGUGCCAAGCUUGAACUUCUAAUCAGGAAACAGAAUUUAUACUUAGUGGGAAUUAACAGCCUGGAUAACAGACGUUUUUCUGGGCUUGCUGUGUUAACAAAUGCAGCAAUCAGUGCUGACACAGUGUUUUCCAAAGGGCUGUGUGUGAGAGGAUCUUGCAGUUGCUGGCAGGACCAGCAAGUUUUGCUGUGCUCCUCUGGGAACAGAGACUGUCCCGGUGUUUGAAGUAUGAGGAAAACAGGGUUUGAUCUUGUGUCAGCACAAAAGUACACAAUCCUUUCAGUCAGCCAGUUGUGUUAAGGAAACCCAUUUAUUUGAGGGUUUGCUUUUAGUUUAGCUGGAAUGCCUGUCUAAGAGAUGGGAAUGGACACUGCACAGCCUUGCAUGAAUUCACUCGGUUCCUAACUUUGAUCUGAUACAGGAGACUGAAUAAACUCACUUUUCCACGACAGUUUAAUAGAACUUAGUUGCAGUUAGAAACUUCUGUUUGUUUACAGUUAUAUGGAAAAUGGUAGCAUAAAGUCUAUGGCAGAGAAAACAUACACAGAACAAGCGUCCCUGAUUUAUACUUAAUCCUUAUGCUGACCUCCUUGAAGGAAAGCUGUUAAAACACCACUGAAAUCCCUUUCUGAUGAAUUACAGAGUCCACUUCUUUUCAACAGUAAUGGGAAUUAUAUUUUAUUUUUGCUGAUUCAUUUGCCGGUAUCUAAUGCCAAAUGCAUCAUUAAUGGACUAUUAAAAAGGAAUAACUGCAUCUUGGCCUGAUGGAACAAACAUAACUUUGACUCUUAUCCUCUGAGAUUUCAGGUGGAAAUCAUGUGAUAUGCAAAUCAAGAUUCCUGAUUUAAUACAAGAGUGGGUAUUUUUAGCUUCCCAUCUCUUUAGUCAUUAUGUGUGGAGUACUGCAUUAAUUUUUUUAAAAAAAUAAAUUUCUAGCUCACACCUUGCUACUUUCGUGGUUGCAAUGCAUGUGAGAAUUCAGAACUACAAGGUCUUGUUCAAAGGGUGCUAUAACAUCUGUGGGAGAUGAGAAAGAGUGACAAUGUAUUUUGGAAGAUAUGCAUAAAGGUGCUUGUACACAGACAAUGUUAUUUAAAAUGCUUCUUUGUAUAUUUGGGGGGCAUUGUCUGCUUCUUUUCAUUAUGAGGUCAAUGUAUUUUGUAUGUGCAUGAAGUGGUCGAAUUAUAAGUAUAA